GCAGGUCCGACACCUACCCCGUGCGCACGAUACUGCGAAGGAAACUCGCUAGUAAGCCAGUUGGCAGCCAAAAAUGGAAUUCGUCGGCGGCUCGCUGAAGCUGAAAUCCAAGACGAAAUCCAGGAUUUCAAAGAAAUUAAAGAAGAAAAAAACAAAGGACCGGACAAAGACGACAGACGCGGUCAAGGACAAAGGGAGCGAGAAAGAGAAAGAGAAAGAGAAAGCCGUCCAGGACUACGUGAUGGUAUACGCCAACGGCGGCGACGAGCCUAGUGAGUCGCAGAAAACGGAGUCGGAACGCAGGCUCGAGGAGACGCAGCGACGUAGAUUGCUAGAGAAGGGUGAGGUAAAGUCGUACGAAGAAAAGAUGAAGGAAUACAAUCGACUGCUAGGGAGCCAGUCGGAGCACUUUGACAUGCCGAAGAUUGGACCUGGUUAAGACGACACACUCAGGCACAGCAAACGCCAAGUGCAUCGUGCAAUUGUUAUUACAUUGAUGAAUGAAAGCUAGUCUAAGGGAACGAA